GGAGCUGACAACACGAUUCCAGUGACAAAAAAUCCCCCCAAAGGAAUCUCAACCACAGGCCAAUCACGAAUCUCUCUCUCCUCCUACUGUAUUUAAGAAACCCAAUCCAAUCCUCCGGGAUCCCUCCCUCCCUCCCCUCCCGCAUUGGAAAUUCCACUCACCCAACCGCCAUCGUAGAGAGAGAGAGAGAAUCACAUGGCUCGCUCCCCACUCUCCCUCUCCCUCUCUCUCCUCCUCCUCCUCGCCGUCGCCGGCGCUUCUACCUUCGACGAGGAGAACCCUAUCAGAACGGUCGUAUCUAACGUUCUUCGCGAAUUCGAGACCUCUGUCGUCAACGUCGUCGGUUACAGCCGUCAAGCUCUCUCCUUCGCCCGCUUCGCCCACAGGUAUGGGAAGAGCUAUGAGACUGAGGAGGAAAUGAAGCUGCGGUUCUCGAUUUUCUCUGAGAACUUGAAGUUAAUCAAAUCUCAUAACAGAAAGGGCCUUUCCUACACUAUGGCUGUUAAUAAAUUUGCUGAUUGGACCUGGGAGGAGUUCCACAGACAUAGGUUAGGAGCCGCUCAAAACUGUUCUGCCACCAAAAAGGGCAAUCACAAGCUCACUGACGAUCUCCUUCCUGAAAUGAAAGAUUGGAGAGAGAUAGGAAUAGUCAGCCCAGUAAAAGAUCAAGGCCAUUGUGGUUCUUGCUGGACUUUCAGCACCACAGGUGCUCUAGAGGCAGCUUACAGGCAGGCAUUUGGGAAGGAAGUCUCUCUAUCAGAGCAGCAGCUUGUGGACUGUGCAGGAGCCUUUAAUAACUUCGGCUGCAGUGGUGGGUUGCCAUCCCAAGCCUUUGAGUACAUAAAACACAAUGGCGGCCUUGACACUGAGGAAGCUUACCCGUAUACUGCAAAAGAUGGUGAAUGCAAAUUUUCUUCUGAAAACGUUGGUGUCCAGGUUCUCGACUCUGUCAACAUUACCCUGGGUGCUGAAGAUGAACUAAAGCAUGCAGUGGCGUUCGUUCGUCCAGUGAGUGUGGCAUUUGAAGUGGUGAAUGGUUUCCGAUUGUACAAGGAUGGAGUUUACACCAGCGAUUCAUGUGGCACAACUCCGAUGGAUGUGAAUCAUGCUGUUCUUGCAGUUGGAUAUGGAGUUGAAAAUGGUGUCUCGUAUUGGCUCAUUAAGAACUCAUGGGGAGAAGACUGGGGUGACAAUGGCUACUUUAAGAUGGAGAUGGGGAAAAACAUGUGUGGUAGGUUUUUACUGCUCAUUUUGCCUGUACAAAUUAACAAAAGCUGCACAUGCUAGGUUGGGCCAUGUCUUACUAUCUUGUAGAUAGAUGCUAAAUAUUUCUAGUGGAUUUACCGGACAAGAGAUGUGCAAAACAUAUCCAUUUUGAUAAUUGAGACUAAUGCUAAAAUUCGAAUGCAGGCGUUGCAACUUGUGCAUCAUACCCCAUUGUUGGUUGACUGCUGUUUGAGGAAGCGAUGUCUUCUUUCACGAGAUUUCUGGUUUAUGUUGUCUUGCUUCUAUCUGGAAUGUAGUUUGUCUCCCAUCUAUAAGCUCAAGGGUCUUGUUGUAGUGUUGAUAGUUCAGGCUCAAUGUACAAAUAAGAACCGGCCAAGUAUACCUAUUGUUGUAUGCACUAGAUCCUUGGUAAAUUUCCAAGGGUGUCACUGCUGGGUGUAAGAAUAUUUUGUCUAUAUUUCAUGAAUCCUUUAUGUUUUA